GGGGCGCAGCUAAAAUCCGUGACCUCUGACAUGUGCAUUAUUUUGCAGCAGACGAAAGAAACAAGAAACGCGUUGCAAGCGGAACAAAACGUAGUUCACGGCACUUAUUAGUCUCUCGCAGGUCAACAGUACCGUGGCCAUCAUGACUGGCAAAUGUUAUAGGUGCGCUACAAAAUUUGGUCUAUUUAGAAAAGAGGUUGGCUGUCCUAGAUGUGGGUUUGCCUUCUGUAGUAAGUGUGUGUGUAAAUCUGUGGUCCUACCAGGGCAACAGGUGGCCUCCAGUGUGUGUCACAAAUGCUAUGAUGAAGUCACAAGUCAAAAGAAAAAGGUAGUCUCGGGAAGAUACUCCCCUCCAGCAAAUUUUAAAAAGAGACUGGAGAAGCAUGCAGCAGCCUCAGACAGACACCACACAGCGGCAGCCACACCACCACUCCCAGGGGGGUCUGUACAGGGGGGGUUCCCUGCAGGGUCUAAGGACAGGGAGAUCGCUGAGAGACUUCAGAGACUUAAGGAAGACAGGAAACCAGCCCACAUCCCCACAGAACAGGAGAUGGCAGCCAGACUGGCAGCCCUGAAGGGUACAGACAAGCCUCCCCCCUCCCAACAGGAAAUCACAGACAGACUGGCCGCACUUCAGGGGAAGGACCCUGCUGCCUCACAGCCAAGCUCAUCGCUGCUUCAGCCAACCCAAAAGAAGACUGAUGUAGAGAGAGUGGACAGCCUACUGAACCAGAUAGGGGAGGAAGUUACACUAGACAACAGGACAGAUGGUCUGGCACAGGAGGAUGAAGAGAAUGACCUUGGGAAGGAGGGACCGUCCAGAGGCAUGUCCACCUCCUCAGGCCUGCCCACCAACAUCUCCGCCCAGUCUGAGGAUGGAGAGGACACAGCACAGAGACAGGAGGAGGAGGUGAGGAACCUGAUCACACAGGCCCAGGCUGAGCUGGGGGCUGAACAGGCUGGCAGGCACAGAACACAGGAGCUGGCACACAGGCUGGACAAGCUCAAGGGACUGGACAACCUGACAGGAGAUGGGGUAUACUCAAAGUGGGACAGUGAUGAAGAUGAAGCAGACACCACCAGAAGGAUUCUUCAACAGGCCUUUGAAGAGGACAAAUUAGAUGAUAAAGUGAAAGCAUCAGGAUAUGCAGAUCUUCUGGGCCAAAAGAAGGGUAGA